AAGAAACCCUAAUUAGCUGGUUUAAGACGGAUUUGCGGGGUCUAAGACAAGAAAUGUUGGCAAGGAGGAUAUCCAAAUUAGCUGGUUUCAGAAUUCAUAUCAGUCAAUGUCAGAUUCGAAGAGGGAUUCGUUUGUUGACGACGUCAUCUUUACCAUCAUACCCAUGUCUGUUACUUCACAUGGAUGAUGUUGUCGGAGGAGACUCUCCUGGCGACGGCAGUGUAGAGAGAGUCGUGAAUUUCAAUUACUACGAUUUGGUGAAGAAGAGACGAGUGAGCAUGGAAGAGCAGAGGAUCCCCGAAAGCAUCCACCUUUCUCGAAACAUAGGAUCUUCACGUGGCUGGAUGAUUCGAAUGAACAACGAAGAUCUAACCGUACAUGUUGAAUCCCUCAGUUCCCAAAUCCGCUCGCAAGGUCAUCUCUCUGCCUCCCCUUGUUCCUUUGCCUUAUUCUCUCGACCCGUCGGAGUCCACACCUUUGACUGAGCUUGUUCGUAACGUAUCUCUCUCAUCUUCCCCUGACCAAGAAGACUGCAUCGCUGCCAUUAAGUUUUGGGGAAGCUGCAUCUCCUUUUGUAGACGCAGUCCCAGUGAUGAUGACUCGUCAUGGUCAUGGUCACACAUUAACUCUCUUCCCUUCGCUUUCAAGGCUUCCUCCCUCAUUUACUCCAACACAGCUUCGAUAUUCUACAUCACGCCGUCGACUGCUGUACGGUCAGAUCACUCCCGAAACUUUGAACAAUACGAACAUAAGGACAAACACGGAUUCCCUCUUGUUGCUUAUUUCAUGCAACUCGGACCUUUUGAGCCACCGGGGAAGUUGUCGGAUUCCGAGCUUAAGCUGCUGCUAGGGUGCUCCGGCGGCGACAGCAGAUUCUUGGUGGAGACACCCUCUGGCGACAUUUUUACCAUCAUGCGGUACAUGCAAACGGUGAAGAAACACAUCUUAUUCUGCCAAAAGGAAUCUGAUGUCUAUGAGCUAGAGACCUAGCGGUUUGAGCUGUACAAGCACGACAUUGACAAAGGAGCCGAAUCUUACGUGGCAGACAUUGGAGAUUUCUGCAUUUUCUUUGGUAAGAACGAACCCUUCUGUAUCCCCGCCAGUGUGUACCCUGGCCUUAAGCCUAACUCCAUCUACUUCACCGAGAAGACUCACGUUUCUGUGUAUGAUAUUGCCACCCACAACAUCGAUCAACUCCCUAAUCAAGAGCAUCUGCUUACGCCUUUUUGGCUUCCCCCAAUCCUGCACUAGUAAUCUCUCAUUUAAUUCACAUCAAGUGUUAGUCCUGGAUUUGCUCUUGUCAUGAUUAGGAUAAUAUGAUGCAUCAUUCUAUCUC